CGAGACGACUUCGCAACCCAAGAAAUUGCGAGAAGAUCAUCAAAGAUGACUCGGGACAAAUCGAAAAGGACCACACUGCCCCUCAGUACCUCGGUCCCACGUGCAAACAUGAAGCUUAAAUUCGGCAUCCCAAUACCAUCCUUCUUCCUGCCGUGAGGGUUAUCAACGCGCGAAAUUGCGACAUCAAACGAAGAAAUAGAAGCAACAAUAUUUUGAGAAAAUGGGCGUCCUUCGCUACGGGACUGCAGCUGUGCUGGCGGGCGUCGUGGUGGUCGCGCACCUCGCUCUCCAGAAGCAAUUUGAAAACAAUGGCUUGUGGUCACUAGAUACGAUCUUGGUCCACAAGAACAAAACAUUGCCAAACACCAAAAUCCCACUCAAGCUGCCAUCAACAGGCCUCGCAGGAUUGGACAGCUACUUCAAUUUCAUGCUGUCCUUCUUCUGGGUGUCAUUCGAUCCUCGCAAUGUGCGCGCUCAUCUGCAAGGCAAUCAUCUGUUGGGCACUCUUUCUAGCAUUUGGAUCAUUCAGCUCCUUGAGGCGCACGGAACCACCAAGGCUGCAUCUGCAGGCAUUAUCUUCUCGACCUACUUCCUGGAGAUAAUGGGAGAACUCCUCGGCAUUGGUCUUUUCACUCCCAUCUGGUGCAUUGUGCAUCUAUUGAUCACUUCGGCACCAAGCACGAAAUCAGACGCCAGAGCCACCAAGCUGUCUGCACCAAAAAGUAGCCUGAGAGCACUUGGAUACGCGCUUCUCGUCGGGCACGUGGUUCCUACUGUGCUUAUGCUGCAGCUUGAAGCCGAUGGCGAAGGCGUUGCUUCCAAGCAGAUUUGGACGAUUGCUCGGCUCUUCCAUCCAGUCUAUCUUUUCGUCUGCCUGCAAGUCUUCAAGACGCUGUUUGGCGGAGGCUCGUCUGCACCUGCGACUGAUGCACCACAACGACUUCUAGCCACCAGGCGCAAGCUCUACCAAUUCAGCAUCCUGGCAUCAGGCUUCUUCCACGUUACCUCGCUCGCUAUGCUGUUUGCCGAAAAACUCUUCGCUGGAUGGCUACGCGAUGAUGUUCUUCCUGGACUGCAUGUGGGCACAAUGUUCAUUCCGGCUCCGUUCUGGACGCGCACGAAUAUGUCCUUCGAGACUGCCGUUGCAGUCUUUCUACAAUGGGACUACACUUGCUCUGCCGGUGCCAUUGUGAUCUGGGCUGCUUCCCAGUGGUUGGAGACUGUGUCUGUCAGCAAGACUGACGGCACAAGGGUUGUGGAGACUUUAGGACAGAGCGUUCUGGUUGCGCUCCUGGCCGGACCUGCCGCGGCCGCAGCGUUCUUGCUGCAGGAACGUGAUACUGCGCUCGCUGCAGGUCUCCUUGAGGGUAAAGGCCCUAAGCAGCAGUGAAAUUAAGAAGGAAUCGAACAUGUAUGUGUAGAUGAAGUGGGGACUGAGGAGGAGGAAAGAAGGCGUUGUGGCCAAUGGACGAAAAUAGGGCGGGUGAUUGUUUUGCCUAGCGCGGCUUCUCGGCUCUCAGCCGAAAGCAGACAUCUCGCGACCAAAACUUUUGAUAGGAGAACUCGAC